CUGGGCUUCACGUCGUUCAAUGUGCACUUGUAUCUUUAAACUCGCUUCGAUAGUAGGUCUGUGACAGAUGAGCGUACGUCUUUCUGCAGGCUUCUGCAUCUUGCCACUAUUUGCACUAGAUGCCGACCGUUCCUGCCCUCCCAAGACAAACCACAAACGCCAGCUGGGACUCCCGCUCUCUCACCGCUGGAGCCUCGCUCUCACCGUCUCAUUCACCUCAUCUUUGCUGUCAGCAUAUAAACCCGUCUUCUCGCUCACUCUCGCUUUUCACUCGCACACCCCACAACCCACAAUCCACACCACGCACACCAUACGCCAGAGCCGCGAACAAUGGCCAACAAGAACCGGAAGCAGGUGCAUGCAUACAACCCCGAUGAGAUUGAGCGGUAUGACUGCCCGCAUCUAGCGCAAUGUUAGCUACUGAUCAACCGUAGGCUGCGCCAGGUGCCUCUGCCUGCGAAGCUCAAAUGCGCCAUGUGUUUGAGGAACUACAACCAAGCCAACUUCAGCCAGAAGCAGCUCACCGACGUCCGCUACCAGGUCUCCAAGGCAGGAAGGAUCAACACUAAUCCAAAGUGUUUCAAGUGCACCGGUGGCCAGCUGGUCGAGCUCGAUUGCGUCAUGUGCCAUAAGACGAAGGGCCUGGAGGAGUUCGCAAAGACCCAGCGCAAGAACACAGAUAGUGCUAGGUGCUACGACUGCACCAGUAUCCAACUUGAGCGCGAGCCAGUCGAGGAGCAAACCUACGAUGAUCCCAGGAAGGCUUUCACCAGGCAGGAGAGCUCGAGUGGCAACUACCCAGACUACUUCAACUCGUCUGCAUCAUCUCGCGACACUGACUCCAAUGCUGGUGAAUGGCAGGAUCUCGCAUCUACUGACGGAAGCCGCCAUAGACACGAAGGGGGCGGUAUUAACCUAUCUGAGCAGUUCCAGCGGUCUAUGUCUUUCAGUGGUCAAGUGACUGACACACUGAUCGAUUCCGAGUUCUCUCUUGGACCCGCCGAGACAGCAACGUGGAGCGAUGUCGCACGUACUCAGUCAUGGCACACUGACACCGCGCGCUCUUCCAGUGCUCGCACGGGGUUUGAUCCGAACCGCUACGGUAGGCCAGGCACUCAGUCCGGCUCUGGGUCUAUGCACUCGUUCGACUCCAGCAUUGCUGAGCGGUCCCAAUCCUGCAGCGACCGCGUUGAGAUGAGGAACGGAUUCGCGAAGAUCAAGGCUUAUGUAAGUGCACCUUGUCACCAAUGCAUCCGUUGUCGUAGCAGAAUUGAGCUAACUUUGAAUAGAAACCUCCUCCAAAAGAGGAGGAUAAUCCCUGGCGCAAGGACGAGGAGGAGAAGGUAGAGUCUUCAUCCUCCGACGAUGACACCGAUGACGAAUUGGUGAUUUGAAGGGCAGCUGAGCCGGAUCUGGAGACAUGUUAUGUCCUGAUGCGAGGGCAGCGGGUUCACAGCCAUGCAUGGAAUCUGGAUAUGGAGGUUUUGAUACUGCACUUCAGUCGAUUUCGGAGUGCUGGUAUCAAAACCGGGUCUAUUCGGGACGGUAGUUUGGGUCUUUCUUCUAUUUUCAAGGAUUUUAAUUGCAAUGGAGCUACUGAUUGGUCAAUACUUUCAACUGAGAAUGAAAAAGGAGCA